GGGCGGGGCCGUGGCCCCGCCCUGCCGGGCGACCUAUCCGAUCAGACGCCGCGCGCGCUGCGCCCUUUUUAAAAGCGCCCGGCCCGGCGCCGCAGCUUCAGUCCGCCGGACGAAUUUUUCCGAGCGUCCGUCUCCGAACUCGAGCAGUUGUCCCGUCCGCGAUGGUCGCCGUCCUCGUCCUUUUGCUGAGCGCGCUGCUCGCGCCCGCCGAGCCCUCGCCGCUGUCCGAGCGCGCCGCCGGUUGCCCGGGGACGUGCGACGAGUCCCGAUGCGCGCCGCCGCCCUCGCCCGCCGAGUGCCCGGCCGGGGUCGCCCGGGACGCCUGCGACUGCUGCGCGGCGUGCGCGGCCGGCCAGGGGGAGCCGUGCGGCGGGGACGCGCGCCGCUGCGGCGACGGCCUGACGUGCGCGGCGAGCGGCGGCGUGGCCGCCACGGGCACCGUCCGGCGCAGGGCGUCGGCGGGCGUCUGCGUCUGCGCCAGCGCCGAGCCCGUGUGCGGCAGCGACGGCGUCACCUACCCGGACGUCUGCCGCCUGCGGCGACAGAGCGCCGCCGCGCGGCAGACGCUCAUCGUCGUGCAGAGGGGACCGUGCGGAGAGGGUCACAAGAACCCCGACAGUCUUCGCCUCAAGUACAACUUCAUCGCUGACGUGGUGGAGAAGAUCGCGCCCGCCGUGGUUCACAUCGAACUUUACCGCAAGAUGAUUUACUCCAAGCGGGAGAUGGCGGUCGCCAGCGGCUCGGGUUUCAUCGUGUCCGAAGACGGACUCAUCGUCACCAACGCCCACGUGGUGGCCAAUAAGCAUCGAGUAAAGGUGGAGCUGAAGAACGGCGCCACGUUCGACGCCAACAUUUUGGACGUUGACGAGAAGGCCGACAUCGCGCUCAUCAAAAUCAACGUCUACAGCAAACUGUCGGCGCUGCCGCUGGGCCGCUCGGCCGACCUCCGCCCCGGCGAGUUCGUGGUGGCCGUCGGCAGCCCCUUCUCGCUCCAGAACACGGUGACCACCGGCAUCGUCAGCACCGCCACCAGGGGCGGCAAGGAGCUGGGCCUGCGCAACUCCGACAUGGACUACAUCCAGACGGACGCCAUCAUCAACGUGAGCGGGCCGCGCGGACCCGCCGAGGAGGGCCGCCAAAGCGUUUUUCUGACUUUGCCGCUUUUGCUCAUACAGUACGGCAACUCGGGAGGUCCGCUCGUCAACCUGGACGGCGAGGUGGUGGGCAUCAACACGCUGAAGGUGACGGCGGGGAUCUCCUUCGCCAUCCCGUCCGACAAAAUCCGCCAGUUCCUGAGCGAGUCGCACGAGCGGCAGGCCAAAGGAAGGACCAACGGCAAGAAGAAGUACAUCGGCAUCAGGAUGAUGAGCCUCACGCCUACUCUGGCCAAGGAGCUGAAGGACAGACAGUCGGACUUCCCGGACGUCACGUCGGGCGCUUACGUCAUCCAAGUGCUCAGCGGGACCCCCGCCGAGUCCGGCGGCCUGCGCGAGGGCGACGUCAUCAUCAGCAUCAACGGCGAGCGCGUGUCGUCGGCCGCCGACGUGAGCGCCGCCAUCGGGCGCGACGGCGCCUUGCGCGUGGUGGUGAGGCGGGGCAACGAGGACGUCAUCCUCUCCGUGGCGCCCGAGGACGUCGAGCCGUGAGCCCCCCCCCCCCGCCGCGCCGCGAGUGGACCGCCUGCUGAGCUGAGGGACGUUCCGGGCGUACCCUCGGGAGAGACCUUGCGUCACACACGCACAACAAAAUCAAGCCUCGUUUUCCAGUUGUUUUGAUGUCUGUGACCAGUUUUCUACACAGAAAAUCAAUUUUUUAUUUUUUUAAUAGCCCUUUUGGUGUUUCUAUCAUGGCGUUUUGUAAAAAUGGUUUUUUGGUGGUGUUUUUAUCAUUUUGUAAAUCAUGUCUUUGUAAAGUUUUGUGGAAUCUGUUGUUUCAAAUGUAAUUGCAAUUUUGGGGUUUUUUUUGUCUCUUGGAUGGGUUUGCAACAAUUCAUGCAUUCAUUGAUUCACUUGAUUUAUUUUCCUACGAUCCAAUUUCAUGACUGUCUUCAUGUCUAUUGGAGGAAAUUUUACAGAUUAAAAUAUCCAUUUUUUUAAAAAGGUAAA